CUUCUUCCUCUUCCUCCUCUUCCUUCUUGUUGGUGUUAUUUUUUUUCCGUCUCUCUCUUCCGCUCUUCUUUCUUAUUUCUAAAUCUUUUGCUCGUCUUCUUCUCCUUUUUGGAAGGUCUUCUCCUUUUUGCGGGACGCAUUCGAUGAAUUUUUCAUUAAGUAUCUCGAUCAGUCUUUAUCCAAAUUUCGUCCACUUCUUGUCCUUGUAAUAUAUCUCAGCUAACACUGAAGCUUUGAGGGUUUGACUGUUUCUUGAACGAAUAUUUUGGCUUACGGCUUCCGAUUCAGCUUAAACAAUCUGGGAUCGAAAUAAUUGCGUUUCUAGGGUUUGCGAGCACCUCCAUAGCUUUUCACUUCCCGUAACCUGAUUAAGGACAUAUACUAAAGAGAUUGCACCAUCAAAUGAGUGUCAAGAGUUUGGGCUAAGGAGAACUGCUUAUCCUGAGUUUAACUUUUGGAGUUUCAUUCAUGAUUGGGAAAAUGGUCGAGGGGCCUAAAUUUACUGGACUUAUGGGAGGAACCAACAACAAUGAUAACAAUUACUUUGAUUUUACUCAAGGGUUUUACCAAAAACUUGGUGAGGGCACAAACAUGUCUAUCGACAGUUUACAGACAAGUAAUGCUGGUGGGUCUGUGUCCAUGUCAGUUGAAAACAGUAGUGUGGGCUCUAAUGAUUCUCUAACCCACAUUUUAAGCCACCCUGGUCUAAAGCCUGUGAACCGCCACAAUUACUCUGUCUCUGUGGGUCAGAGUGUGUUUCGUCCUGGUAAGGUUGGCCAUGCACUUAAUGAUGAUGCAUUAGCACAAGCAUUGAUGGAUAGUAGGUAUCCAACUGAGGGUUUGGAGAAUUAUGAUGAGUGGACUAUUGAUUUAAGAAAACUUAAUAUGGGUACAGCUUUUGCUCAAGGAGCUUUUGGGAAGUUAUACAGAGGUACAUAUAAUGGUGAGGAUGUUGCGAUUAAGAUAUUGGAAAGGCCAGAGAAUAGCCCAGAGAAGGCACAAGUUAUGGAGCAGCAGUUUCAGCAGGAAGUUAUGAUGCUUGCAACACUGAAGCAUCCAAAUAUUGUGCGAUUUAUUGGGGCAUGUCGUAAGCCAAUGGUAUGGUGCAUUGUGACAGAGUAUGCAAAGGGAGGCUCAGUUCGACAGUUUCUAACAAGGAGGCAGAAUCGUGCCGUGCCAUUGAAAUUGGCAGUUAAGCAGGCAUUGGAUGUUGCAAGAGGGAUGGCCUAUGUUCAUGGGCUUGGGUUUAUUCACAGGGAUUUGAAGUCUGAUAACCUUCUAAUAGCCGCUGAUAAAUCAAUAAAGAUUGCAGAUUUUGGUGUUGCACGUAUUGAGGUGCAGACUGAGGGUAUGACACCAGAGACAGGGACAUACCGUUGGAUGGCUCCAGAGAUGAUACAACAUCGGCCCUACACGCAAAAAGUAGAUGUGUAUAGUUUUGGAAUUGUACUUUGGGAGCUUAUCACUGGCUUACUUCCCUUCCAGAACAUGACUGCGGUGCAGGCAGCAUUUGCGGUGGUGAACAAGGGUGUAAGGCCGGUCAUUCCAAAUGAUUGUCUCCCUGUGCUGAGUGAGAUCAUGACACGUUGCUGGGACACUAACCCAGAAGUUCGUCCUCCCUUCACUGAGAUUGUGAAGAUGCUUGAGAAUGCUGAAAAUGAGAUAAUGACAACUGUUCGUAAGGCCCGCUUCAGGUGUUGCAUGACUCAACCAAUGACAAUCGACUGAUCCAGAAUAGGAGAGUGAAGAACAGAAGAUAAAGGAAAAGAGGAUAUAAAUGAAAAUGGAAAGGAAAAACAGGAGCAGUAAGAAUUUACAUAUAAGUUCAUGUAUGUAUCAGUAUUUUUACUUUUUUUUUUGUCCCUUUAAGUUGGAGAUAGGAGAAGGUAACUAUUGAGACUGGUGGUUUCUGGAUUUUGGUGUCAACUGUACUUGGACUAGUGGUGUUGUAGUUGUAGUAGUGAAGGGGAUCAUUGAUGUGGUUACCCUGUGUAGCUAUAUAUAUGGGGCCUGGCAUAUCUGUUACUCUUUGAUUGUUUAAAUGCAGGUUCUCAAUUGGGUAAACUUGUUAUUUUUCAUUUAUGUUUAUGAGCAGAUGUUCAGUGGUGCAUGGUA